AUGGCCAAGGCCGAGGCUAAGGGUGUCAAGAUUCAUCUCCCAACUGAUUUUAUCACUGGUGACAAGUUUUCCGAGGACGCCAAAGUCAGUCAAGCUGACGUCUCUAGUGGAAUUGCUGACGGGCAAAUGGGUCUGGAUAUCGGAGCUAACUCGCGUAAAUGCUUUGUCGAAGCCAUAACUCGUAGCAAGACCAUUGUUUGGAAUGGACCGAUGGGUGUCUUUGAAUGGAAAUCCUUUGCUGAUGGUACAAAGGCCGUGAUGGAUGCAGUCGUCAGUGUCACUCAAUCAGGCGCAACCACUAUUAUCGGAGGAGGUGAUACUGCCACCUGUUGUGCACAGUGGAAAACGGAGGACAAAGUCAGCCAUGUAAGCACAGGAGGCGGGGCUAGCCUUGAACUGCUUGAGGGUGAGUUGCAUCUUAAUGAUUCUUCUAAUUAUUUAUUCGCGCCGAAUUCGAUUUUUUGA